UUUUGGUAGUUGACAGCAGCGCUGAGCCCCGCCUGCCAUAGACCUUGCCUUAGUUAUGCCAAGUGGGCGCCUGUGGCUCGUGAUGAUGAGUGUGAGCUGUCUCUGGCUCUAAAAGAAACUCCAUCCAUUAAUACUCAGAGUCGAGACCAAGGUUUUCCCCCUUGCGCCUCUAAUUUUUCUUACUUUGGAAGUGACGAAUAUGUCAGAGUCCGUCUCAUAACCUCGCCUCCAAGGUCGCCUAACAACAUCUACUUCUUCAUCUUCCGGCGGCCCCGCGAUAUUGAGCUACCUCUACUACAUCACCAGAGCUUCCGAGAAAUCGUCCAUACCGACAUACAAAGAGAUCAUUGAUACAAUAUAAACUUUACAAAGAGACAUCUCUCGGCGUCUAGCGAAUGCAAGGCGGCAAGGCCACUGUUGUCAAAAUGGAAGCCCGAAAGAUCAUCGAGAGCGUCCAGGGUAUCUAUGGCGGCCAAACAACUCAUGGCACUUUGCGACUGACCGAUUUCCAUCUGGUGUUCUGCGCACCCAUCGAUCAAUCCGCCAAAACCUCAGAAAGUUCGUCUCACAAGCCCAAAGUUCGCGAGAGAUGGAUUCCAUAUCCCAUGCUGUGCUAUUGCGCACUUCGGCCGGUGCCUCCUGGAUCUCGCCAGGCUCCGUCGAUCCGUUUGCGAUGUCGUGACUUCACCUUUGUGACAUUCAACUUCACCGACAGUGAGAUUGCCCGAGAAACUUUCGAUUUUAUCAAGUCUCGGACUUGCAAGCUAGGAACAGUAGAGAAGCUAUAUGCUUUCUCCCACAAGCCUCUAAAGCAUGAGCGAGAGGUUGACGGUUGGUCAGUCUAUGAUCCUAAAGCAGAGUUCAGACGCCAGGGCAUCAGCGAGAAAUUGCCUGACAAAGGUUGGAGGAUCACGCAUAUCAACAAGGACUAUACCUUUUGCGAUACCUAUCCUGCAUUUCUGGUUGUUCCCUCGAAAAUCUCAGACAAUGUCCUUAAAUAUGCGAAGGAGUUCCGCUCGAGAAACCGCGUGCCGGCUCUGUCGUACAUCCAUCCGGUAAACAACUGUACCAUCACUCGAAGCUCGCAGCCCCUCUCCGGCAUCACAAGGAAGACAAACGUGCAGGAUGAGAAACUAGUAGCAGCAUCUUUCAACGCCCUUUUGCCGCCAGGGUCCGAGGAGAGCACCCCUCUAUCGAGCCAGCCCGAUGUCUCCCUUGGAAACUCAUCACUGGAGCCGGAGCUUUCAGAAACUGAACGGUAUGAAGAUGAGCUCAUUUCGAGAUCCGCUGCCGUUUAUGACUCUUCCGGAAAGCGUCAAGUAUAUGGUGCACAGCAGAGCAACCUGAUUGUGGAUGCUCGUCCUACUAUCAAUGCAAUGGUGAAUCAAGUACAGGGUAUGGGCUCGGAGAAUAUGGACAAGUACAAGUUUGCACGCAAGAUAUUCCUUAGUAUUGAGAAUAUUCACGUCAUGCGAAGCUCUCUCAACAAGGUCAUUGACGCACUCAAAGACGCCGACAUUUCACCUUUACCGCCAAACAGAGAGCUGCUCCAUCAGAGUGGCUGGUUACGGCACAUCCAUGAUGUUCUGGAUGGCUCAGCUAUAAUUGCAAGACAGAUCGGGAUCAACCAUUCACACGUUCUCAUCCACUGCUCCGACGGCUGGGACCGUACCAGCCAGCUCAGUGCUUUGGCUCAAAUCAUGCUGGACCCCUACUACCGCACAAUUGAGGGUUUUAUUGUUCUUGUGGAAAAGGAUUGGUUGUCCUUCGGUCACAUGUUCAGGCUUCGAUCGGGUCACCUGAACCACGAGGAUUGGUUCGCCGUGCAGAGAGAUGCUUUUGCAGGUUCCAAGGUUCAGCCCGGGGAGAACGAUGGCCGGGGUGACGCAUUCCAGAAUGUGCUGAGCGGUGCAAAGCGUUUCUUCAACCAGAAUAAAGAUGACCCCGACUUGGCUGCAGUUAGUGAAACAGCCCCUGGAAAGGUUGUUGAUGAUGAAGCUACCUCUCCAAAGAUGGUCAGUCCUGUCUUUCACCAGUUUCUUGACUGCACCUAUCAACUUUUACGCCAAAACAAGACUCGUUUUGAGUAUAACGAGCGCUUCCUGCGCCGCCUUCUAUACCACCUGUACUCGUGUCAGUACGGCACUUUCCUCUUUAAUUCAGAGAAGCAGAGAAAAGAUGCGCGGGCCGCAGAACGGACGUCUUCCGUUUGGGACUACUUUCUGUGUCGGCGAGCUGAGUUCAUAAACCCCGACUUCGAUGCCAGUAUCGACGAUCACGUCAAGGGACAGGAGCGGAUCUUGUUACCGCGACUGAAGGAGAUAAGGUGGUGGCAUCAGCUGUUCGGAAGAACUGAGGAUGAGAUGAACGGCGGUUUGAACGCCGCUGCCGCUGCAGAGACUGACCGCCAAACCGCUAUAUCAAAUUUACAGUAUCCUAGCGUUAUCCAGGCAGAUGCCGAUCCUCGGUCAUCCAGCUCAGGCUCCAAGUCGGGGCCACCCUCGGUUCUCACUGGAGUUGAGACUGCCCACGAGACACUCACCCCUGAAUCACGACAUGUACCAAUCGAACGGAGCGCAUCUACCGAACCCAGCGGCAAUGCCUUUGCCGCUAUCAGGGACGGGAUUGCAGGUCUCAAUCUAGGCAAGGGAAUGCUGGGGCAACUUACAAAUACUGGCGAGUCAGCAUCGUCGUCAAGUUCAGCUCCUGCACCAGCUCGUAGCGACCAGGAGCUACGUGAGAUGACAUAGAAGGUCAUGUUUCCAGAGUCGGAUCCUGGCCCUUACUUGAUUAUCGAGACCCAUGAAUCCGUGCGGCACUAUUGUCCAUGGCUACACCCACCCGUAGCACCGCCGCUUCUAACAACAGAAUCUGACGCACCGUCAACGCUUGAGCGCUGCAGUUCUUACAGUGUACCCAGCGAUCUCAGUGGAGAAUGGGAGUAUAUCAAACGGCGCGACUCUGAGUCUCUGGGCCUUCACUCAAGACUUAACUCCAUUGAUAGUCUCCAGCCCGACGUGGGCCUGCCAACGCCAUGUCACUCUCCAUCUAUUGAAAUGCCAAAACCUGUGGCAAAGCUCGAGAGAGUCCUCUUCAAAUCUGAUAGGCAGAGGCGUGCGAUGGCAAAUUCAAUGAUGUAGGCAGAGCAUUCAGGUUAUGAUGUCUGAGUUGCCAAACUUGGUUUCCUGAUUACACAUGCGGACGUUUUUAUUGGCGUUAGAGGCACAUCAUGAGCCGGCAUUGGCGUUUCGCUUGAGUGGUGAUGACAUUCUGAUUUUGCGCCAAUCGCGCUGUACACGGCGAGGGCUUAGACAGCAAUAGACUCCUUGAAGACUACAUGAAUUAGGUAGGUAGUUAUAGAGUAUAAUAAACCAAACCCUUCGGUUACUCAUAGGUUCAACUCGGCCUUGUUUGGUUUCUUCUUUAUUUUUGUCUAUCUUGUAAGGUCUUCCUAGUUGUGGAAACGUGUUUGUUCACAUUGAAGCAUAUCCACAUGAUUUCGUUGCGUCCGUCGCCGCUUUUAGCUGCUCUAACCCUCGUGUUGUAGGUUUUCUUUAGAUUCUUUGACAUUACAGGAAAACCUCGAGAUUGAUCUCGAGAGUGCUGACAGGGUAUCUAUGAAUAUGUUAGCGAUGCCACAUCGAUAGUGGCCGGCAUGGGGGCUCACUUCAAAUCAAACUUCUCCAACACGGUAGGAUGCAAGAUGCCGAACUCGCCGAUGCGUCUCUCUUUUCCGCCAAGACGGAGAUAUACGGAAGCAGCAUGGCCAGCAAAGAAGGUGGCAUCAUCAAGCUCCUCGAUCCAGUAACCAUCGGGCUUGCUGGGGUUCUCCUUGACCUCAUAAUCGACACUCUUGCCAGAAAGACCCUCCUCGUGGGUGAGGAAUGCAGUUCGAAGCAUGAGAAGAACACGAUCAAGCAGGCCAUGGACGACCUCGAAACCACUUGUUCGACCGUACCAGGCGGCGGCGAAAUGCCGCUCGUUGCGAGCCUUGCGUUCUUGAGACUCAUCCUUGAAGACAACGUCAGAGACCUCAAAGAUCUUCAUUGGCACACUAUGGCCCUUGUUCUCACGAAUAGUCUUGAGAAGACCAGGUAGAAGAGUUGAUCGCACGACCUGAUACUCAGCGGUCUUGGGGUUGGCCAGACGUACGACGGUGUUUCCGUCAUCGUUACGGUUUAGCCAAGCAAAGUUCUCGUCGUGACUGCACAAGAUUAGGGGCAUAACCUCACUCCAGCCAGCAACGGCGGCCUCGAUUCGGAUAAUAUCACUGAGCUUGUUGACCAGCAGGGGGGCACCAACGGUAGCACUUCGUGAAGGAGCAGUACGAGGAAGGUUGUUGUAUCCGUAGCACACAGCAAGAUCUUCCAUCACGUCGCAUUGAUGAAGGACAUCCGCUCGGGUUGGGGGGAUAGCAACCUCGAGGAUGUUGGAAUCUUUUGUUGAGGGUGUAGAGGUGUAGGACAUCUUGGAGAGAAGCUUGCACAGGCUCUCGGGAGACUCGGUGAGCCCGGUGCAGCUGUUGAGGUAGUCGAUUUCAACCUCAGCAACUCUGGGCUUCAGGUUAGGAGUGACUCGGGUUUGGUUGUUAUGGUCGGAGUUGAUCUGGACGGGCUCGACAGUGAAAGGCUCAGAGCAGUACAUGGAGAACAUGGUGACCAUGAUGUCGGUGACGAUGUCGAGUUUGGUGAGGUCGGUGGCGGUGAUUUCAAUAAAAACAUUGGUGGUGUCAAGUGUAAUCUUGGAGUGAUCACCGUUGAUAAUUGGAGGAAGGGAACAGACAACACGGUUGGAGUCGUAGAUCGCAGGGUAGACUGGUGAGUCGCGAAUGAUGUGGAGGAAGCGGCCCAGGUGCUUAUCAGUCUCAUAGAAGUUCAUCAACUCAGCAGAGUCCAUCUCCUUGGUCUGGUUCAGGGGGAUGAACUUAAUAUCCUUGGGGGGGAGAGCCUCAUAGGUGAAGGGACCUUUGAUAGUAUCAUAGUCGUGGGUACCAAUGGAGACUAGU